GACCCAAACCGAGCGCACAUCUUGCUCGCGCAAGUCCGUGAAAGUAACGGGAGUUUAGUCGCUUCAUUUUUUUAAUUUAUUUUCUUGUUACGUCGGGAACGCGUCGGAAAUAAAGCAGCACGCGCUCCCAACUUCAUAAAUCCACAUACCACUUUGAUCAGUGUUUUUUUUUUAAUAAUCACCAUAUAAAGUAGCGCGCGUGCACUUCAGAGCGCGAUGUGAGACCGGGGACACCGUUCCAGUUGACGCCGUUGAACGAACCUCGCAGGCAACAUGUAAACACCGCGGCUUAAACUCUGGGUUCGGGGUUGUUGUUCUAUUUAUUUCUUGGCUUCUCACACCGAGCCGCGGUUCAGCCAUGAUUCCUCCCGUUAAUAUGACGCAGACCGACAGCAACGGGAACAGCAACGAGAGCGAGAAGGAGAAGGAGAAGGAGAAAGAGCGCGCGCCGGAGCAGAGCGAACCGCCUCAGUCCCCGACAUCCGCGAGCCAGCACGAGUCCAAGCUUCAGAAGCUGAAGCGCUCGCUUUCCUUCAGGACCAAAAGCCUCCGCAGCAAAAGUGCCGACAACUUCUUCCAGCGUCCGUGUCCCGAGGUCAGCAACAGCAGCAGCACGGGGCAGCUGAGCACCAUCGGCGUGUCCGUGUCGGCUCCGCUUGAGUCCUGUUACGUCCCGCCCCUGACUCCGCCUCCCAUAACGCCGUCUGGACUUCCCCUGACCAUCUGCUCGCCGUCUCGUGCGCCGCGUCCACCCGACCCCACAGCUCACACCUUCCUGGAGCACACCUUCAAGAAGCCGCACUUCUGUGACGUCUGCAACCAUAUGAUUGUAGGCCCCAACGCCAAGCUGGGACUCCGCUGCAAAGCCUGUAAAAUGGGCAUCCAUCACAAGUGUCUGAACAGGGUGGGGCAGCAGAGGUGCAUGGGCAAACUGCCCAAAGGCUUCAGGAGGUACUCCAGCUCCCCUCUGCUGAUCCAGGAACAGUUUGGCUGCAUUAAGGAGGUCAUGCCUAUCGCGUGCGGCAGUAAGGUGGACCCGGUGUACGAGGCGCUGAGGUUCGGGACGUCCCUCGCUCAGAAGACCAAGAGGGCCAGCGGCUCAGACUCGCCUCCCAGAAACUCUACAAGCGAUCUUGCUGAAGUUCCAGAGGAAGCAGCCCACUGCAGUCACACGCAACUGACCAGGAAACACAGCGACAACGUCUUCACAUCUCUGGAGAAUGGAACAGAAACCUUCCACACAGAAGAGAAGAAACCAGAGGACUUGCAGUAUCAGACUGAUGAAGAUGAAGAUGUACAGAAGGACAUCCUGCCCCUGAACACAUACGUGGCUCUGUACAGAUUUAUUCCUCAGGAAAAUCAGGACCUGGAGCUGAGACCUGGAGAUCGGAUAAUCCUGGCGGACGACUCCAACGAAGAUUGGUGGAAGGGCAUGAUUGAAGACAGGAUAGGAUUUUUCCCAGCAUCCUAUGCACAGCUGGUGAGGGAAGGAGAUCGGGUGUUCAGGUGUAACCGUACGUUCAUCGGCUGUAAGGAGCAGGGACAAAUCACCAUAAAGGAGGGGCAGAUCUGUGUGAGUGCCGAGGACGAGAAAAACGGCUUCAUCCGAGUGGCCAGUGGAAAGAAACAAGGCUUCGUCCCGUGUGACGUCCUGGAGGACAUCUGAACAACAGGAAGCGAGAGAUCGUGUGAGAGAAAAACAGAUUGAGAGAAGAUUCUCUUACAGGAAACAGGACUAUGUGUGUGAAAAUGAGAGGACAGGAAGUGGAUGGACGUGGAGACUGAGGACUUUCUUAAAAUGUAGAAGAUUAAGAACUUGAUCUAGAGCGGCAGAUGAUCACAUGACAGUCAAAAAUGACAGUUUUUCACCUGAGACUGAAUCCAGGUUCCAGGUUCUUUUACAGAAUCCUAUGUACAAUGGUUCUCUGACAGUCCUGGAAUUUGAACUUUCGGGUGAGCAAAACCAAGUGCACUCUGGAUUAUCAUAAACUGUUCAUAUGAUUCGUUUUUAUGAACUAAAAAGAAUCUACUUUUUUUUUUUUUUUUUUACUGCUAUUAAAUAUAAGUGUCCUCCUGACACGGGGAUGUGCCUGACACAACGUAUUGGGCAUGUCACCAAUUUGUCAAGUGAAUUUUUCAAAAAUAAGACUCUUUUUUUUCUCUACAGAAGGAAAAAAUCCUCAUUCUCAACCACAGAAUUGACAGAGCUUGACCGAAAACCUCAAAAUUUCUAAUCGAAGCUCAUGAGGAGUUUUGGAGCUCUACUCUACCUGUUAUUUUUCUCUUAAUAUACAUUGUAGAUCAUCAUAAUAAAUGACUUUCAGCUUAGCAACCAAAUCAACCUUCCUUUGCUUUAAUACGCUGUCUAAAAAAUUCUCAUUCAAUUUUUUUUAUUAUUAUUUUUUUCUGCUCUAAAACCAACAUUAACUAUGAACACAGUGUUGCUAAAACUAUUACUCAUAGGACUUUAUAUAUUUCGUAGUGUUAUUGAUUCUGACAUUAACUUCUUUUAAGAAAUAAAUCUGCAAAACUAUUUAAUUUUUUUUUAAUCCAUACAAGGAAGAUUUCAGCCAAAAAAAAAAAAUAUAUAAAACAGGUUUGUUGUCCAUUUUUACUUUUACCUUGUUGUGUGAAUUGUACGUUUGGUUUCCAGUCAAAAGUUUGUACACCGCUGCUCAGAGAAAGCCUUCAUUUUGACUAUUUUCUGCUAUUUUAGAAUAAACUUGAACACAAUGAAAUGACAGAUAUGAAAUAAUGCAGUCCUAACAUUAUUUUAUUUUAUUUUUAAUGGUGUUUCUUUUCCAAAUCUAAAGUAUUUUAGCUUCUAUAUCAACUGCUUAAGGAGGCUUUUUCCUAACUAAAAAAAUUUAUGAUAAAAAUCUAGCAAAACCAGAAUGUACACAGGUUUUGCUUUUCUAAGAUGGAGAAAAAUUACUCCUUGAUCCAGGAUAUAAACUUUGUAUAAACAACAUUUUGUAGAAAUGGGACAUUGAUGCCAGCUCUGCUAAAUAUAACAUGGUACCCUGAAGAGAUUUGACAAUAAGUGAAAUUUAAUUGUAUGUUCUAAAUGGACAUUGGUGAUGUCUGGUUUUGGAAGACACACACAGUCCUAGUCUAUGCCUAGAAAACAAAUACAGUGGAACCUUGGCGAUUUUUUCUCAUAAGAAAUAAUGUAAAUGCAGAUAAUCUGUUCCAGCCACCCAAAAAAAAUGACCAAUAUUCCCAAUAUGAAGCGUAUGUAAACUGUAUGGCUGCUUACUCAGAACUGACCCAAGCCAAGCAUUCCAUGUCAAGGCUCUUCACAGGAAGUCAUGUCACCAAGCUUGGGCUAAAAAUAGAACAGAUCACCCACACCACCAAUCUGUCAACAAAAAAAUUCCAGAGAAAUCACCUAGCUUUUGAGGGCAUGCUGAAGGCAAUGUUAGUAUCGUGGGUUGACUUUCCAAACAAUGCCAAAAAUUUGGUAAAUUCGUAAACUCGCUUCGGUUGGCUUCGCUUGGCUUUCCACUGGCGCUAACAAGUUUUGAACAGCUCCUGGACGUACACGUGAGACUUAGUCGGCUUUCGGUUCGAUCGUAUGCUGAAAAUACGUCGUAUGCUGGUGCAAAUUUCUUGCAAAAUUUCAAUACUUAAGGCGAAAAUUCAUAAGGGAGGGCCGAGUUUCCAUUGGAAAUGUUAACGUUGUUGUACUUCACAUAUUUAACCACUAGAGGACCAAACCUACUGCACCUUUAACACACCUUUAAUGUGAGCAAACUUUUGACUGGUCCUUUCUCUCUUUCUCUCUCUCUCUCUCUCUCUCUCUCUGUAUGUGUGUGUAUUUUUGGCUGAAUUAUUCCUUCUAGCCCGGUCUACACCGGCUACUUUUCUGUUCUCUGAUCAUAAAGAUGUAAACGACUUUCCUGUACAUAUUUUAUGCACCGAAUUAAAGUUUAUUUAUUGAUCUUGGA